AUGGCCCGGAUGAACCGCCCUGCGCCGGUGGAGGUCUGCUACAAAAACAUGAGGUUCCUGAUCACCCACAACCCCACCAACGCCACGCUCAGUACCUUCUUGGAGGACCUGAAGAAAUAUGGUGCCACCACGGUUGUGCGAGUGUGCGAAGUGACCUAUGACAAGACCCCCCUGGAGAAGGACGGCAUCACCGUCAUG